AUGGCCAGUGGAAUCAACCGAUUCCUGUCCAAACGCGACGGAAAGCGCAAUCGAGGCGCCAACGGUGACCAACACCAUCACCACCACUUGCCUCACCAUCCUCAUUCUCAUCCUCUCGCCAGAAAGCCAUUCUCGACCGUGAGUUCUCUUGUUCCUGCUCCUGCAAAUGUGCCACCGGCAGAUCUUCUCAUUCUCCUGCACAACCUACCACCGCCAAAACUCAUGGCGAGUGUGCAACGUUUCUGCUUGUCCUUAUGUACUCCCGCUCGGGAGAGGGAUCCCUCUUCUUCCAGCCCCGAACUUGUCCUGAAAGGGAGCGAUCCAAACUCAGCUGCCGAUUUUUACGGCUUGUUUGACGCCCAGGUGCCGCCUCCGACUCUGGCAGAGGACCCCAAGAUCAAGACGUUGCGCCAUCGAAUCCUCAAUUCCAAAGGGGUGCUGUUAAGGGAUGCCCAAAUCCUGUGGGCCCUUCGCUCUAUUGCUGCGGCGGGAGAUGUCGAUGCCGCAUAUGGACUCUUGCUUGCCAUGUCCGAUGCCUCAGAAGGUAUUGUCACGCCGUUUGAUCCUAGAACGAAGCUCCUCGGCGCACAGAAUCGGCAGGGGGUGACGUGUUUCCUCGAUGCGACGCUGUUUUCCAUGUUCUCUCGGCUCGACAGCUUUGAAGCCAUGCUCUACAACUCGUUCAACGAUGUAGCACGCAAUAAGCUCGCCUUCCUUUUACGCCUCUGGGUUAACCUUCUGCGCUCCGGGAAGCUGAUCACGACAGACAUAACAAAAGUGAUGCAGGACACUUUGGCGGAGUGCGGUUGGCUGGAAGCUGCAGAGCUGCAUCAGCAAGAUGCAUCAGAAGCCUUUUCUUUCAUCACGGGCAAGCUCGAACUGCCCUUGAUGACCUUGAAGAUGGACAUUUACCACACCGGCAAAGAAGACAGCAACGACGAUCACAAAUUCAUCAACGAAAGGCUCCUCGAAGUGGCCAUCCCUCCGGACCCCACGGGCGACAGGUCCGUGAUUACUCUCGAGGAAUGUCUCGAAGACUACUUCAACAAUCGAAUCGAGGUCCGAAGGUACUUGGAACGACGGUCGACAAUAAAUUCAUUGCGCAAAGCGAGUGCGGUGCAUGUCGAGACGAUCGAGUUGGAUGGCGACCAAUCACCGAUUACCCCCCUCUCCCCUUCUCCAAGCUACGCAUCUCCUACCAGACCGGGAGGAAACCGUACUCGCGCACCCAGCAUUAUCCAGGAACGCUACAUCCCCCCUCGGAAUGAAAGCGGAUAUUCAUCAUUGGCUCCAAUUGACUCAAAGGAGUCUGCACCCAUGUCGCGCGUCGGAAGCGUCCGGAAGGAGGUUAUGAUGCCGGCGUGGCAAUUCUUCAGCCUUAUUCCCUGGUACACCGAUAACGCUCCUAUGAAUGACGCCCAAGUUGCCGCACAUUUCUCAUCAAAACGGCCCGUCCUCGGUCUUUGCCUGAAGAGAUAUUCAUUCACCACGGGCGGCAAAGCAAUUCGGCUGGAUACCCAGGUGGAUAUUCCAGUCGAGAUUGGAGUGCCUCACUUCAUUCAGGAUGAUCGCAUGGAAGACGCCGGGGGCCUGCACGGCAAUUUCAAACUCUCCCUACAGUCUGUCGUCUGCCACCGAGGCAAUUCUGUCGACUCCGGGCAUUACAUUGCCCUUGUGCGAGGCUCUGCUCCACCAUGGUCUUCUGAUGGACAACUCCCAGAAACAACCAAGACGUGGAUGAGGUUCGACGAUCUUGCACCGCAACGUAUCACGGUUGUCGACAUUGAGAAAGCUCUCAGAGAAGAAACUCCAUACCUGCUUUUCUACCAGAUCCUUCCCAUUCAGGGAGAUCCCGGGAGUAUAGCGGCAGGAGAGGAGCCACUGGCCUCGGUCUCGGAACGCAACGCAUCCGUCAGUGAGAUCUCCAGUGAGUCUGCUCUGACGGACAAUCAGCCUCCGUCUGGUCGUCCCAGUUUUGAGAUCACGUCUCUAGAAGAACCUAGGGGGCGAUCGCCGACGGAAACCCGGAGAACGAGUGUCAUUUCCUUCCAGGAACCGCCGCCGGAAUACACCAAUGGAGCAUCCUUAGCUGUACCAAAUGCUGGAGAUCCAUCGAGCACGCCGCGUCCCAAAUCGCUAUCACGAACACAGAGCAAAACAAGUGAAAGUGGUAGUCUGAGCCGAACGCUGUCCAAGUUCAAAAGGAAAAGCCGAGAAGUCUUGCCGCAGGAGAACCACAACGUGGUCGAAAACGUGGCCGAGGUCCAUGUCACGGAAAUCCCUGAGCGUACUACACAAGCCACGCACGACGUACAGACUCACGGACCACAAACAGGUUUGCAAAGUGCUCCAAAACAAAGUGCUCUUCAAUUCCAAAAUCAACCCCAACAUCAACCACCUAGAACGCAUAAAAGCGAAAAGAGCCGCAAUCGAAUAUCAAGGAGUAAGAUGCGAGGUGAGAAACCGGAUAGAGAGUGUGUUGUCAUGUGA